AUGGCGGACGACAAGAGUCGCAAGCAGGCGACGUUGGGGAGGUUCUUCGGCUCAAAUGCGGGCGCCAAUCAAGCACCAAAGAAACAGACAACAUUGGCAUUCGGCGGAAAGAUUCAAAGAGCUACUGCUGAUGCCGCUACCGAAUCUGUGGACGCAAGUGCUGCUGAGCCUGCCCCCAACGCCGAAUCCAAUGGUGUGGAGUCAAGCAAGAACCUGAAGCGAGAAAAGGCCGAGGAUGCAGGGGAUAGCGACGGAUCGGACGUCCAACCGGUCUCUAAGCGUCGGCGCAAAGCUACAAAAGAACGUUCCCCUUCGGCAGAAAAACGAUCACCUUCCCCCAAGCGAUCACCAAAAAAGUCACCCAAGAAGUCCCCGGCCAAGUCCGUAUCAAGCCCCAUCAAAUCCGAAAUACCAUCACCCAAACCUGUUGUGAAGAAGGCCUCCGGAGAAGAGACUCCGGAAGCGGAUCCCAACUCAGAUGUGGAUGACGAGGAGAUGGAGUCCGGGAGCGAGGCUGAAGAAGAGGCCAAGCCAGAAGCGAAGAAGAAGACCAUGGCGAAGGUGCAGGCCACUUUGAAAGCCACCGGCAAAGACCCAUAUCCGGACUGGAAGGCAGGCGAUCCAGUCCCCUAUGCUGCUCUGUGCACCACCUUCUCGUUGGUUGAGAUGACCACGAAACGCCUGAUCAUUCUUGCCCAUUGUUCUCUCUUCCUUCAGCAGGUGCUGCGCUUGACCCCGAAUGACCUGCUUCCUACAGUGCAACUCAUGAUCAACAAGCUCGCCGCCGAUUAUGCCGGCAUUGAGCUUGGGAUUGGUGAGUCAUUGAUUAUGAAAGCUAUCGGCGAGAGUACGGGUCGCAGCCUGCAGGUCAUCAAGGCAGACCAGCAUGAAAUCGGUGAUUUGGGCUUGGUGGCUGCCAAGAGCCGUGGCAACCAGCCCACCAUGUUCAAGCCGAAGCCCUUGACUGUCAGAGGUGUCCAUGAGGGACUGCUGGGCAUUGCCAAGGUUCAAGGGCAUGGAUCACAGGACAAGAAAAUUUCUGGUAUCAAGAAGUUGUUGUCCGCGGCCGACUCUGCCACUUCUGGAAAGGGCAAUAAGGGCGUUGAUAUUACCAAGGACAAGGGUGGCCCUAGCGAGGCGAAGUUCAUCGUCCGCUUCCUUGAGGGCAAGUUGCGACUGGGACUCGCAGAGAGGACCGUUCUUGUAGCGCUGGCUCAGGCCAUUGUCACCCACGAAGCCGCAGUUGCAGGGGAGAAGGCUCCGACCCCAGAGCGGCUGGCUGAGGGUGAGUCGGUCCUCAAGUCAGUAUAUAGCGAGCUGCCAUCCUACGAAGUGAUCAUUCCCGCUAUGUUGGAGCAUGGUCUCUUCGAUCUGCCCAAGGUGUGCAAGCUUCAGCCCGGUGUCCCCUUGAAGCCCAUGCUUGCCAAGCCGACCAAGUCGAUUACUGAAGUCCUUGACCGCUUCGAGGGCAAAGAAUUUACCUGUGAAUACAAAUACGAUGGUGAGCGUGCACAGAUCCACUUUGUGGCUCCAGAUCAUAUCCAUAAGUAUCCUGGGUCAGUUGCUACACUGCAAAAGGAUCAAAAAGGUCUCAGUGCUAUCUUCUCUCGCAACUCUGAGGAUCUGUCAAAGAAGUACCCGGAUGUUCUAGGUAAGCUUGACAGUUGGGUGAAGGAAGAUGUCAACAGCUUUGUUUUAGAUUGCGAGACUGUCGCUUGGGAUACUAUGAACAAGAAGGUUCUCCCAUUCCAGCAGCUUAUGACACGCAAACGGAAGGAUGUGAAGGCAGAGGACGUUAAGGUCAAGGUCUGCGUCUUUGCAUUCGAUUUGCUCUUCUUCAAUGGAGAGCCAUGUGUCAAAAAGUCACUCCGUGAACGCCGAGAGCUACUGCACAAGUGCUUCCAACCCAUGGAAGGCGAGUUCCAAUUUGCACAAUUCGGCAAUACCAAUGUCCUCGACGAGAUCCAAGAUCUUUUGGAUGAAAGUGUGAAGGCUUCAUGUGAAGGGCUGAUGGUGAAGAUGCUGGACACGUCAGAGAGUGGCUAUGAGCCCAGCAAGCGUAGUCGCAACUGGCUGAAGGUCAAGAAGGACUAUCUUGCUGGUGUCGGCGACUCUCUCGACCUCGUCGUUCUCGGCGCUUACUAUGGACGGGGCAAGCGUACUUCCGUGUACGGUGCAUUCCUUCUAGCUGCUUACAAUCCCAACACGGACAAGUACGAGACCAUUUGCAACAUUGGUACCGGCUUCUCCGAAGCACGAUUGGAGGAACUCCACAAGGAGCUUACUCCCUUGGUCAUUGACCGGCCCAAGCCUUUCUACUCUCACUCCACUGUCCCCAAGGAUCAACCCGAUGUGUGGUUUGAGCCACGUCUGGUCUGGGAAGUCAAAACGGCCGAUUUGACCCUUAGCCCUCGGUAUAAGGCCGCAGCGGAUGAAUUCGACGGUACGACUGGUGGCGGUAAAGGUGUCUCACUGCGGUUCCCCCGAUUCAUCAAGUCCCGCGAGGAUAAGAAGCCAGAGCAGGCCACUACAACCCGCGCGGUGGCGGAGAUGUAUCGGAAGCAAGAAUCGGUGGCGCAGGAAAACGCUGGUAAGCGUGGCGUUGAUGAUGACUUUGAAUACUAA